GAAGUCGUAUCGUACUCUGAGCGGAAAAUAGGAAAAUCAAAAAGGAUUAACUUUUAUUUUCGUGUUAUCGAAAUGCGUCCUGUCGAGCGGAUACUCAGCCAAAUCGGGAUCGUGUGUAUAAUUUUGAGUGCGGGUCAUGCGGCGAGUCAAAAUGCACCAGUUCCUAGUGUUAAUUUCUUGUUCGAAACAUUCAACCCUUACAGUAUGGUGAAGUUUUUCGAGUUCAGUGAUAAAGGGUGGAAUAUAAGUGAAAAUUGUUUGAAAAAUAUGUAUAACUUCCUUGAGGGAUUGCAGAAGGGAUCCGUGUGGGCAGUUAAACUGUACGAUAGUGUCCACUAUUAUGGAGGCAGUGCUUUCGGUGGCAAUCGAUUUCGUUUGGACACCUCAGCGCUUUGCCGACAGCUACAAAAGGAGUACCUCAAUACCUUACAUAUGCACUGGAGUUUGAAAACAAAUACAACCGCUGUCCCGUUCCCGAUUCAACUGAUCAACGCAAAGUACCAAGUUGAAAUGAGUCACAAUUACAACGAGGUGAUAAACAUCCAGCAGUCAAUAUGCUUUCCAAAAUAUUGCGACACAAACGAUCUAGGACAAAUUUUGGCACCUCCGCCAAUACCACCGAAUGGAAUUUUGAAUAAUAUGACCCUCGUUGGAUUUCGUACAGUCGAAGGAGUUUAUAAUAUUCUUCAGGAAAGCAGUUUCUAUACGUUGAUAUCUCUUCUUACACUUGUCCUUGCCCUCACCCUCUGCUCACACUUGUAUGAACUCUUCUCGGAAAUGCAGCAAAAGCAAGAGAUUUCCAAUGAAAAAAAGAACUCCGAGGUUGAGAGUGAUUCUUCGUUGCCCAGUGAUCUUACAGUAGACGACCUAGAAUGUGCAAUAGAACACAUUUCGAAGUUAAGUAAUUGUGAUAAGAACUCCUUGACAAAAGUAAACAUGCACCACUCAGCUGAGUGUAUGACUAUAAACAAUAUGAACAACAAUAACCACGUGAACCUGGUGAAAGUGAAGAAAGUCAAGACUAGAAACUCAGCCACAAUUAGUUUGGAUAUCAUAGCUGGAAACUGCGAAUUUGGUGAGUGA